CGGUAGCAGUUCUACGACUUCUUCUGGUCUACAGUGGCUUGUCCACUCUUCAUGUCGAUUCGGAUCAGCAUGCGCCACUUUCAAAGACCUCCUCACAAGACACAAGCUACUGAGUGCAGAGUUUCUGGAGCAACAUUAGACAGAUUCUUCAGUGAAUAUGAGAUCAGCUACUCCACUCUGAGAAAACUACGUGACUUAACAAGGCAGUCCCUCAAGCUACUGGGCGAGUUGCUUCUUGACCGACACAAUUUCACCAUAAUGACGAAAUACAUCAGCAGGCCAGAGAAUCUCAAAUUAAUGAUGAACCUGCUACGGGACAAGAGCCGCAACAUCCAGUUUGAAGCUUUCCACGUUUUUAAGGUGUUUGUUGCGAACCCCAACAAGACGCAGCCCAUCCUGGACAUCCUGCUGAAGAACCAAACCAAACUCAUCGAGUUCCUCAGCAAGUUCCAGAACGACAGAACGGAGGACGAACAGUUCAACGAUGAAAAGACUUACCUGGUCAAACAGAUCCGGGACCUGAAGAGGCCGGCCCCCCAGGAGGCCUGAGGAAAAGGCUGUAGAGGUGGGGUGAGAGGGGGGGGAAGAAAACAUCCGGACAAAGUCUGCUUAACGGACCCAUCAGCAGCCGGUUUCUGAACAAGAGGAAACAAAACCAACGCACCCACAUCAACUCAUCAGGAAGUCGACAGCUCCUCUGCUCCUCUGUGAACUUUGAUUUACUUCUUUUUCUUUUUUUUUAAGUAUUUUUCCUUCAAAAGAAAUAAGAGAAAAUAAUAGAUGCUGCUGCUUUUCUUUCUUGCACAUUGAGACAUGUUAGGUAUAUUAUGAUGAAAGAAGUCCAUCGAACAUAGUGUGACAGAAAAUGUCCGUGCAGUUAGGCAGACUUCCUGACACACAGUUUUACACACAUAUGUAUUACAUUAAAAACAUACACACAUAAUGCAAGAACAUCAGCUAAGACCUUGUGAUGGAAAUGGUACGAGUUGAACAUUUGGUGUGUUGGUUGCAUGCCUUGAAAUGUGACAUGGCUGUACCCAGCGCCACAGACUCGGCGUGCACGUGCAUCACAUCUAUGCCUUCAUCCAAUAAAGACACGGUGGUUCAUUUUCAGCGAUUCAGAUGCCAUCACAGAACCAUUGACCUCCUGUGUGCUUUCUUACAGCACCUAAAGCACAUGAUGAUGAUGAGGAUGAUGAGGAGCAGGAGGGAGGGGUGUAAAGGUGUGGAUUCAGUGAAGCCCCCAGAGUUGGGUUUUUCUGGGAAAGGGUGAUCGUGUACAUAUGCCUUUUCUUUUUUUUUUGCUUUGUAGAUUUUUGUUGAACCUUGACAUAUGAAUAUAUAUUAUAUAUAUAUUACCUUAAACAUCCCGUUGUUGGUUAAUUGUAAUCUUAUGACUUUCUAAACCAUACAAAAAGAAGUUAGGUGACAUUGUUUUACAUUUUGCUGCUGAAAUGGUUGCUGUUGGGUUUAUUUGUUCAUACAGGCUCACAUUUAGCUAACCGAUAGGAUGUCAUGGUAUUAGCUCUGGAUGUGUUUUAUUCUCCCGUCUACAUUUUGAGUAUCUCUCAGAUUGCUGAACAUGUGUAGAAGAGGGGAGGGAGGGGUUUGGGGGAGCAUUAACUGAAACAUUAAAGUUGUGUGUUUGUGAGGUGCUGAGCGGAGUCGAGGGGAUUCACCCCCUUCCUCUAUUUCAUUAACUUGAUACUCUCACCCACUUUGCUUCUGUCCUGGGAGAGCAGCGAGCCCCACAGAGAGAGUGUUUCAGGGGUGAACUCGUCAGCACCAUUCUUACUUUUCCCUCCUUCUCCUCACGUUGAGCCUUUCUUUUCAGAGGGUUAAUAAUUCCAGUACAGGUUUUUAGUGUAAAGCAUCGUGACUAGCGGACUAAUCUGGGCAUGCUGUAAUGUCCUGAUGGUGGAAACGGCAGAUGUGUUCAUUAACAGCAUGUCAUUAAAAGUGCAAGUAAGGAAAUAUCCGUGCGAUACUCAGAGAGCCGGCAGUCCCUCCAUCCGCAUCGAACAUGCAUGCUCCUCCACUGGCUGUGCAUGAUGCUGUACUAAAAGAUGUUGUACUGGAAUUGUUUCUUUUUUCCUAGUAUUUAACAUUGAAAUGUCAAACUAAACUUUCUGCUGUAUGUUGAGGCCAGUUUCAGCAUAGAGCGUGUGGGUGCGUUCAGAAGUGUCAAAGGCCUGAACAAAAUAAAGAACAAAAAAAACAUUUGGAAUAAAAUAA